GGAAAAUCGCCCUUCGCAACCAUCAGCUUCGCGCAGCACCGGCUGCGAACAUCAACACACCAUGCCAUGGGCCUAUUUACACUAACCUUUCACAAGACCUAAGAUGAUUUGGAGUCACUCUUGUGCUCCUUACUCCAGGGGUGUUAUACGCUCCUGUUCGCAAAAAUUGCGCCUGCCACUCCUUGCCCGGCCAUGGCCUUUAUCACUAACCCGGUAUUAUUUUGCACAAGUCCCGACUCAAGAAAGUAAUGAAGAACCGAAGCGGGAAUCUCUUUCAGUUCCGGCAACGGCUCGGUUCAAUGAGAUCGGAGUCCAACAAUUGAGUGAUCAUAUUUUUUCCCAAGUUUUUCCAGUCAAGUCGGAUCCUCCCAACCCAGAAUUGGUUGCGCUGUCGAAAGAACAUCUCUCCAGGCAUGACCUGCUUGGCAAGUCUCAAGAUGCCACAGAGCCAGUAGCAUUUGAUAUGCCGCCCCUCCAGGGACAGACUCUGGAUGAGCAUUUCUUCAAGCUGGGCAUGGACUCAUCGGAACCAUAUCUUACCUACGCUAAGGACUAUAUCAAAGUCAGUUCUCCGAGCAUUCCGCGCAAAUGGAUCAAUCGCAGUGGUUGGACGAAGUAUAAUAGUGACGGCACUUGGGAACCCGUGGACGCCCCGAACGAAUCAAUGUUAACUUUUGAUACGGAGGUUAUGUGGAAAGAAAACCCAUUUGCCGUAAUGGCUUGUGCUGUUAGUCCUACAGCUUGGUAUGCGUGGCUAUCGCCGUGGCUGCUGGGAGAGUCGGACAACAAAACCCAGCUCGUACCGCUAGGGGACCCAUCACAGCCGCGGAUUGUCGUCGGCCACAACAUCGGCUAUGACCGGGCCCGUGUUUUAGAAGAAUAUGGUAUGAAGCAAACUCGUAACUUUUUCCUCGACACGAUGUCGCUCCAUGUGGCUGUGAACGGGAUGUGUUCCCAACAGAGGCCUACUUGGAUGCGUCACAAGAAGAACAGAGACUUGAGGGAUAAAAUUGCGAAUGAGAACAAUUCUGUGGAGCUUGCAGCUCUUAUUGAAAGCAAAAUGCUCAGUGAUGAGGAAGAAGAACUAUGGGUGGGAAGGAGCUCUGUGAACUCUCUCCGUGAUGUCGCCAAAUUCCAUUGUGAUGUUACAAUCGACAAGGCACAGCGAGAUCAUUUUGGUGAGCUUGAAAGAGAAGGAAUUCUGGCAAAGCUAGAGGAACUACUCGAUUACUGUGCUGCAGAUGUCGCUAUCACUCAUCGCGUAUAUAAAAAGGUUUUCCCAAACUUUCUCGAUGUAUGCCCCCAUCCGGUCAGCUUCGGGGCACUCAGGCAUCUUUCCUCAGUUAUUUUGCCAGUCAAUGAGACGUGGAAGGAGUAUAUCACAAAUGCUGAAGCCACCUACCACCAACGACUUGAUGACGUACAAAGAAAAUUAGUGGAGUUAUGUGACGAGGCUUUGAAGGUCAAAGACCAACCGGAUGUGUAUAUGAAUGACCCUUGGCUACGACAGCUGGAUUGGUCUGGUCAGGAGAUCAAAAUGGUGAAGGGCAAAAAGAAGGGAGACCUUCCUCGGCCAGCUGCAAGGCAGAAGAAGCCGGGUAUGCCACGGUGGUAUAAAGAUCUCUUUCCCACAAGCACAGCCGACAUCAACCUUACCGUGCGAAGUCGGACCGCGCCUAUAUUGCUCAAGCUAUCAUGGGAUGGAUAUCCAUUAACAUGGUCCGAUAAGUUUGGCUGGACGUUCAAGGUUCCACGUGAUCAGGUUAAGAAAUUCGAGAACCAGCCUGUAGUGAUCUGCGAUAUGGCGGAAGAGAAGAUGGUGGAAUUGCGGGACGACAGAAGACAUGUCUACUUUAAGCUUCCACAUAAGGAUGGGCCGCAAGCCCGGUGUGUCAACCCCUUGGCUAAAGGAUAUAUGCAGUAUUUUGAACGUGGGACUCUAUCUUCGCAAUUUGCGCUCGCCAAGGAAGCUUUAGAGAUGAAUGCCUCCUGCUCAUACUGGAUUAGCGCUCGUGACCGGAUCAUGGGUCAGAUGGUUGUCUACGAGGAUGAGGUGCAAGUUUCUCAAUCAGGUAGCCCAAAGAGCAGAAUAGGGUUCAUUUUGCCUCAGAUCAUCCCAAUGGGUACUAUAACGCGACGAGCUGUGGAAAAUACAUGGCUUACUGCAAGUAAUGCUAAGGGAAAUCGUGUUGGAUCAGAGCUCAAAGCUAUGAUCAAAGCGCCACCCGGUUAUGUUUUCGUUGGUGCAGACGUUGACUCACAGGAGCUUUGGAUUGCGAGUCUCAUAGGCGAUGCUCAAUUUCAAAUUCACGGCGGCAAUGCGAUCGGUUUCAUGACUCUGGAAGGUUCCAAAGCAGCCGGAACGGACAUGCAUUCACGCACCGCCCAAAUUCUAGGGAUUUCACGCAACGACGCCAAAGUUUUCAACUAUGGCCGAAUCUACGGAGCUGGCGUUAAAUUUGCUGCUUCGCUGCUCCGCCAGUUCAACCCUUCCAUGUCCGAAAAGCAAACUCAGGAAGUUGCAAGCAAAUUAUAUCAAGAGACGAAGGGUGCACGUACCACCCGUCGCAUCUUGAACGGUAGUCCUUUUUGGCGGGGCGGCACGGAGUCUUUUGUUUUCAAUAAGCUAGAAGAGUUCGCUGACCAAGAGAGACCAAGAACACCUACAUUAGGUGCUGGCAUCACCGAGGCGCUGAUGCGGCGCUUUAUCAACCGAGGCAGCUUCAUGACAUCGCGGAUCAACUGGGCAAUUCAGUCUUCCGGUGUUGAUUAUCUCCACCUCCUCAUUAUUGCCAUGGACUAUUUAAUCCGGCGCUUUAACAUCGCUGCUCGUCUAGCGAUCACUGUCCAUGACGAAAUCAGGUACCUUGUUAAAGACGAGGACAAAUAUCGGGCUGCUCUGGCUCUACAGGUAGCCAAUGUUUGGACUCGUGCUAUGUUCUCGCAGCAAGUUGGCAUCAACGACCUCCCUCAAUCCUGCGCCUACUUCUCGGCGGUUGAUAUUGACCACGUUCUUCGGAAAGAAGUGGAUAUGGAUUGCGUCACUCCUUCACACCCACACAAAAUUCCUCACGGUGAAAGCCUUGAUAUCGUCCAACUUUUGGACAAGAAUGAAGCAGCUUCUCUAGAUCCCUCCAUUACCCCGAUUUUCCCUCCCUCUCCUCAGAACUAUACGUACACGCCACGGGAGCCCGUGAUGUCCACUCUCCAGUCCGCAAACGACCCUGCAUUUAUCAGAGCCCAGAUCACCAAAGAUGAUCGAGAACUUCGGGAUAUCAUCAAAGAGGUUACUAGGGCUAAAUCCGCUGCCGGAUCGUUAUCAAAUACACGAUCCUGGGUUAGCCGUGCCAAGCCUGCCAGUUCCCCAUCAGCACAACCUCAGAAAGCUAUUCUAGUUGACGUUGGGUCGGGUCUAUACAGCGACUUUCACGAUCCUCCCCCGGGGAGCAGGCAUCCUCAAGUCAACUUAAAUCGGCCACAUUGGAAAGCUCGGCCGUCUGCUCGGGCAUAAAUACUUUCUUUCCUGACAACAUGUCAGCUACUUCCCUCUUUUCCUUACUCUAUGUAUAUAUUAAUCUGGUCCACAGUGAUCUGAGUACGAUGUAUUAUUUUUCUCUCUGUAUUACCUAGCUAGAACUGGCUGGGGAAGCAUUUGGAGGCGUCUCGUUUGGCAGUUUCGGGUGGCACGAACUAUUUAUGUCGCAUUAUGCGUUGUCUCU